ACCUGACUCCUGAACAGAGACACAUAUAUACACAAUAAUAAUAAUAAUAAUAAUACAGGAAGAGGAGGCAUUUGGUGUGGAUGCGGCCGGCUGCAGAGCAGGUCCCCGGGCGCCCUGUUUGAAGCUCCACCGAACUUGGCUGCGAGACACACGGAGACCCGGAGACAUGGAUAAACUGACCAUCAUCUCAGGAUGUCUCUUCCUGGCCGCCGAUAUCUUCGCCAUCGCGAGCAUUGCGAACCCGGACUGGAUCAACACCGGGGAAUCCGCGGGGGCUCUCACAGUUGGUCUUGUGCGGCAAUGCCAAACCAUCCAUGGGCGCGACCGGACCUGCAUCCCCCCACGACUGCCCCCUGAGUGGGUCACCACACUUUUCUUCAUCAUUUUGGGCAUCGUCUCACUCACAGUCACCUGUGGCCUGCUGGUGGCCUCGCACUGGCGACGGGAGGCCACCAAGUAUGCUCGCUGGAUCGCCUUUACUGGGAUGGUCCUCUUCUGCAUGGCAGCCCUCAUUUUUCCAAUAGGAUUCUACAUCAAUGAGGUUGGAGGACAGCCAUACAAGUUGCCCAACAACACGGUGGUGGGGUCGUCGUACGUGCUCUUUGUUCUCUCCAUUUUCUUCACAAUAGUGGGACUGCUCUUUGCGGGGAAGGUGUGCCUUCCUGGCUGACACGGCUUCCUCACCUUCGACUGUCUGGGCUGAGAAAAAUCCCGUCAGAGCAAAAGGCAUUGCAGGAUGGAUAUGCCUAGUUUAAAAAUAGCCAACAAAA